AUGAUCAACCGCCCGGGCCUCCCGGGCUUCCAGCGCUUCCCGCUGAACAACAACGCGGUUGUGCCCCCCGCCGUGUCCACGGCCUGCGACUGGCGCCUCAACAGCGACGACGAGCUGCGCCGCCUGCGCUCCAACUACGUGGUCGUGAUCGAGCGCAUGCUGCGCAACCACCAGCCGCACGACGUGCUCAACCACGUACCGGAGAACACCGACUGGCGCUCCAAGACGUUCAAGCUCGCCCUCAAGAUCGAGCGCCUCAUGUUCAAGGCCGCCAAGUCGCGCGCCGACUACCUGGACGAACACACCCUGCACCACCGCGUCAAGAUCCUGUGCCGCUACCUGGUUCGCAUCCGCAUGCGCAAGAACGCCAUGGUGGAGGGCGUCCCCAAGCGGUGCUAG